AUGCCUGGAUCUGCUGCCUCCGCCUCUGCCUCUGCCUCCCCCGCCGCUGCCCCUGCUUCCUUGGGUGACAACAAGGGCAUCAAGUUCGAGAUCAGGACCGGCAACAACCGCUGGACCUGCACGCUGCAGGACCGCUCUGCUUAUGAGCGCACCAAGACUGCUCGUGCCAACUCCACCGACUCUGUCGAGUCCAGUGCUUCAUCAACCACCUCCCACUAG